AACCCGAAAAGACCGCGAUGGCGAAGUGCGUGUGGUUAGCUCUCGCCUUCUCGCUCCUCUCCCUAGGCUGGGGACAGGAUGCGUGCGAGAUGGGCGUCAACUGCCAUCUCCCGGACUGCACCUGCGCCUCCACCAAGUCCCCCUUCAGCGACCUCCCCCCCGAAUUCACGCCCCAGUUCGUCGUCCUCUCCUUCGACGACGCCGUCACCGUCACCAACUACGACUUCUACCUGAAUCUCUUGAAUACCUACACGAACCCCAACGGAUGCCGCGCCACCAUGACGUUCUUCGUGUCGCAUCUUUACAACGAUUAUGCGAAGAUGAACGAGCUCCAUCGCCUGGGCAGCGAGAUCGCCGUCCACUCCGUGACACACAAAGCCGACGUGGAGCACUACUGGCGGCCGGCGAACUACACCGUCUGGAGGAACGAGGCAGUCGAUAUGAAGGAGAUGCUGAAGAUGUACGGCUACAUCCCCGAGGAGGACAUCAAGGGUUUCCGAGCUCCGUUCCUCGAGGUGGGAGGAAACGACAUGUAUCAGGCGCUCUACGACAACGGCUUCAGCUACGACUGCUCUUGGCCGGCGCUGCAGUACACUAACUGGUUUGGCGAUGAACCGCUCGGUGCACUGUUCCCUUACACGCUGGAUUACCCGUCCCCUCAGGACUGCACCGUUGGAAAAUGCCCCGACCGCUUGUUCCCCGGGAUGUGGGUGGCGCCUAUGCUCGACCUGAAGGAUAACCGCGGCGAGGCGUGUGCCAUGCUCGACGCCUGUCAAGGAAACAACACGGACUGCGCCGACCAGUCUUGCGAAGACAACGUGUUCAACUUCCUGAAACGUAACUUCGAAUACAAUUACAAGGGAAACCGAGCUCCCUUCGGCGUGUUCACUCAUCACUCUUGGUUCGUCUUGGACGAAAUUAACGAGUCCACAGCACACACCAAUGGCUAUUUGAGGUUCUUGCAGUACAUCAACUCGUUACCCGAAGUUUACAUCGUGUCCAUGGACCGCGUGUUGGAGUGGAUGAAAAACCCGGUGCCCUCCAUGGAUCUCGGGUCACACCCUGCCUUCACCUGCCCGACCUUUGACCCCGAAACGAACUGUCCCGACCCGGUCACCUGCGAGUACCGGGAAGGCCUACCCGACCCCGGCCUGAAGGAGGUCCUGAUGACCAUGUGCAGACGCCCGUGCCCGACGAACUUCCCUUGGCUGGGGAACAUCGAGGGCAAGUGAGGUCAUCUCGAGGCUCGGGAGGGUCAACGCUUCGACUGGCAAAGUGAUAAUAAAAUGAUGAAUCAAGAACCUUGAGUUUUUCGUUAGAAUUCAGGUGUAUGCAUGGCAGGCUCUAAUACAUUCAAUGAGAGAAAGUUUCGUU